AUGGCUCCAGCCCGCCAGCCCGACCAGGCCUCCUUCGCCAAGGACGAGCGCGUUCUCUGCUUCCACCACGAGAUGCUCUACGAGGCCAAGGUCCUCGACAUCCAGCCCCCCGAGACGGAAAACGACGUCUACCAGUACCGUGUGCACUACAAGGGCUGGAAGAACACCUGGGACGACUGGGUCGCCCCCGACCGCAUCCGCAAGUUCACCGAGUCCAACAAGGAACUGGCCGCCCAGCUCCACGCCCAGAUGAAGAACCUGCAGAAGAGCACCUCAAAGGUGCCCAAGAAGGGUCUGCGCCCCAACGGCACCGACUCUGCCCGGGGGAGCGAGGAGAGGAGCGCGAGCUUGUUUGCUACCGGCCGUGGGCCUCGCCGGACUCGAGACUACGAGUUGGAGACGUACUUUUCGUCUGUCAUGGCGCCACAAGCCGGCCAGUCCACCGGCCUUGCUGCCACUUUGAACAGCAUUGCCAAGACCAUCACCAAGACCAUUGCAAAUGACCAUCAAACUCCGUUGUCGGACAAGCAGUCUCUCUCGAGCUGCAGUCAUAGAGAACAAGGAGCCAAGAAGUCCUCCUCAAGUUCGCAAAACACGGUCGUUUUAGUUUCACAGGAGGCAUCGCAUGCCACCCAGCAGCCGCAAAUUCCAGCCGUCAAUAGCGGACACUCUGCGCAUGAAGAAGAGCAACUCCAAUAUUCUGAAGAUGAAGACUACGAUCCCACAUAUGACACGGCGGAGGAAUUACCGCCUCCCCCUACUGCUGCCCAGCUUCGAGACAUGGAGCGCAGGUGGCGUCGCGAGGAGGACGAACGCUUGAGGCAGACGCAAAGGAUUCUUAGAGAAAGGUUCCCAGACACGUACGAGUGGGCCACAUAUCUCUUGCAACGCGGCGUGCCCUCGAGAUGCCCAGCCGAAAUGGAGGCAGCUAAAGCCAACGUGGAGGAAUUAUUUUCUCUCACAGAACACACUCUAUGGAACGAUAUUGACUGGUCUCAGACCAAAGGGUCUGCCUCUUUCGAGAGGGAGGAGUCUCCUGGUGGGACACUCUACUGA